AUGGGACACUCAGUACCACCGCUCAACGACAAGUCGCUGCUGAAGAACCAGACAUAUGUUAACGGAGAAUGGAUAGACGCAAAGUCUGGCAAGACCUUCGAGGUCCACGAUCCAGCAACAGGCAAACUCAUUGGCACAAUGCCUGAGAUGGAUCGCGCCGAUACCGAAGCUGCCAUCGCUGCUGCAGCUGCAGCUUUUCCUUCCUUCCGCAAAACUACCGGCCGCGAGCGCUCACGUAUGCUACGGAAAUGGUACCAGCUCAUGAUGGACAACGCAGAGGACCUGGCCAAGCUCAUAACGUGGGAGAAUGGAAAGCCCAUGGCAGAUGCGAAGGGGGAGGUCAACUACGCUGCGAGCUUUUAUGAGUGGUUCGCGGAAGAAGCGCCGCGAAUCUAUGGAACUACCAUUCCAGCGUCAAUUGCUGGAAACAGGGUUUUCACAAUCAAGGAGCCGGUCGGCGUUGUUGGAUUGAUCACACCAUGGAACUUCCCAGCAGCCAUGAUUACAAGAAAAAUUGGUCCAGCACUGGCGGCUGGUUGCACAGUCGUGGCCAAGUCUCCUGGUGAGACUCCCUUUACCGCUGCUGCCCUGGCUGAGCUUGCACACCGUGCGGGGAUACCAAAGGGCGUAGUAAACUUCGUCACGGCCCUUAAGAACACUCCAGAGGUGGGCGAGACAAUCACAUCAAGCAAGACCGUCAAGAAAGUUUCUUUCACGGGUUCCACAGGUGUAGGAAAGCUUCUGAUGAAGCAAUCAUCAGACACCCUGAAGAAACUCUCUUUUGAACUGGGUGGAAACGCACCCUUCAUCGUCUUCGACGACGCCGACCUCGAAUCCGCCGUAACCGGCGCCAUCACAUCCAAAUUCCGCUCUUCAGGCCAGACAUGUGUGUGCGCCAACAGAAUCUACGUCCAAUCCGGCAUCUACGACGAAUUCUGCACCAAGUUCACAGAAAAGGUCCAGAGUUUCAAGGUCGGCGGUGGAUACGAAGAGGGCAUCACACACGGUCCCCUCAUCCACGACCGCGCCGUAUCAAAAGUCGACGCACACGUCCAAGACGCUGUCAAGAACGGCGCCAAGGUCCUCCAUGGCGGCCAGAAACUCCCAGAUCUCGGUGCAAACUUUUACCAGCCCACUGUCCUCCGUGACAUGACUAAGGAUAUGCAACUUGCAAAGGACGAGACUUUUGGUCCUGUAGCGGGUCUCUUCCCCUUCAAGACUGAAGCCGACGUCGUUAAGCUUGCCAACGAGGCCGAUGUGGGUCUUGCUGGAUACUUCUUCAGCCGCGAUAUUCAGAGAGUGUACAGAGUCGCCGAGGCAUUGGAGGUGGGCAUGGUUGGCGUCAACACAGGUCUCAUUUCAGAUGUUGCUUCACCUUUUGGUGGCGUCAAGGAGUCUGGAUUUGGACGCGAAGGAAGCCAUAUGGGUAUUGACGAGUAUGUUGUUACCAAGACCAUUACUAUGGGUGGAAAUGGCCAGCCGCUGCAGGGCGAGUAA